AAUGUUGUAUCGCAUGGCACGCAGGGAAAUCGGUGUUGCACGCAUGUGCUGCGCUGCUGCCGAAAACGCGCCAAAAGAAAUUAAUAACAAGCCGCGUAGAGGAAACGAAAAAUAUGGCUUCAAACAGGGUCCCUUUGGAGUCGAGAAAUCUGCCGUGGGUAGAAAAAUACAGGCCACAGAAGCUUGAUGAUUUAAUAUCGCACCAGGAUAUUCUUAGUACAAUUCAGCGCUUUAUCAAAGAAGACAGACUUCCACAUUUGCUAUUCUACGGUCCUCCCGGGACUGGAAAGACAUCUACGAUUCUGGCAUGCGCAAAACAAUUAUAUAAGGAUAAAGAAUUUAAUUCCAUGGUUUUGGAGCUAAAUGCUUCUGAUGACAGAGGUAUAGAUGUAGUACGGGGACCUAUUUUGAGCUUUGCAAGCACCAGAACAAUCUUCAAAAAAGGCUUUAAAUUGGUCAUAUUAGAUGAAGCAGAUGCCAUGACUCAAGAUGCCCAAAAUGCUUUAAGAAGAGUGAUCGAGAAGUUUACAGAGAAUACAAGAUUCUGUUUAAUCUGCAACUAUCUUUCGAAGAUCAUUCCAGCAUUGCAGUCUCGGUGCACAAGGUUCAGGUUUGGCCCACUUUCCCAGGAACAGAUGGUCCCCAGACUGGAAUAUGUCAUAGCACAGGAGAAUGUUAAUACAAGUCCAGAUGGGUUGAAGGCUCUUGUGAAUCUGUCAUCGGGUGAUAUGCGACGAUCUCUAAAUAUUUUACAGAGUACCCAUAUGGCAUAUGAAGUAGUUACUGAAGAAACAGUCUAUAUGUGUACUGGUCAUCCUCUGAAGUCUGAUAUUGCUAACAUUCUGGACUGGAUGCUAAACAAAGACUUCACAACGGCAUACAACAACAUUAUGGAACUUAAAACGGUGAAAGGUUUGGCUCUGCAUGACAUUCUAACAGAGAUUCAUCUCCUGGUACACAGAGUUGACUUUCCAGCUUCGGUGCGAAUUCAUUUGCUUGUCAAGUUGGCAGACACUGAAUACAGACUGGCUUCUGGAACAAGUGAGAAAAUCCAGCUGAGCUCAAUGAUUGCAGCAUUUCAAGUGGCCAGAGAUAUGGUGGUAGCUGAAGCCUGAUUGUUUGUUGGAAACAUAGAUGAUUGGAAUAAAUAAAAGUCCAUAAGCAAAGUUCAAAGGACAAGGAAAGGCAAGAGCCAUGAGGUGGUGACUUUAUGAAAUUGCAGUUGUAUUCAUGUGCAGAAUCCAUAGUAUGGGUGACAAAUGUCUGAGAUGUGGGGAAAAAAAAUAAGAUCCAUUUCAACAUGAAGAGCUUUAAGAGUGAGAAUAACGCUGCCACAACUAAGGACGGGUAACAAAAUCUGCAAACAGUAUUACUUCAUUGUUUUAUAUAUGAUCACCAAAAGUCAACUGUUUUUCUUACUAUAGUGAAAUUAUUUGCACAAUUGCAAAAAUUGGCAUCUCUUAUUGUUAUGAAGUCAUCUGUGUCUAUUUACUGUGUGGUAAAUAGUGAAAUAAGUUCAGUCCAUCCAUUAAUAAACCCACUUAAUCCA